GAAUGCGGGCUGCGCUCCCUAUCCAAUCUUCUGGCGGCGCUCUCCGCUUCGGAAGAAUCCGUACAUCGCGCCUGCGCCGGGCAUGCUCGAGCCUCCUCCUGUCAUCUACAAGCCAGAGGACCUCAUAGUUGGAGAAACCAUUGAUGUCCUGGGCCGCGAAAUCGUGCUCUAUGACUGCGAUGACUUCACGCGCAGUUUCUACAGGAGCUACAUGGGCAUGGAGCAGGCCAGCAUAAAGAUUGAUCACCCGCCUUUAACGCAU